AUGGAUAAGUGGCUAAUAAAACGCACAUCUACAGAUGCAGGUGGCGGAAGUCCUAAUAACGCAUCACAAAUCAAAAGAAUUAAACACGUAGUUCUUGACGACAGUGUCGCCCCAGAUUCUACAAUGACAACUACUGUUACGAGUAAUAUAAGUCGUGAGACCAAUGCCACCACUUCAAGUACUAGUAGUGUUAUUACUAUCGAUGAAAGCAGAGAAACAUCUAGUUCCACUACUAUAACUAUUAGUCAUAACAGCGAUGAUUGUAGUUCAACAGUCACAUCUACCUUACACAUCGAUACAGAGAGUGACGCUUCAACUUCAACUAAAGAAGCAACAGCUAUAUCGGAGACAACUGGGAAGCGUCAACGCAUUUUUAAAGAAUCGUACAUCCAGUUUGGUUUUAAAUGUACAGUGUUGAAUUUUGAACAACGUCCACAGUGCGUUGUUUGUUCGGAGGUUUUGGCAAAUGAGAGCAUGAAGCCUAGCAAACUGAAAAGGCACCUAGAAACUAAGCAUCCACAGUUAAAAAAUAAAGAUGAAUCUUAUUUUAAACGACUUGCCACCAAACUAACGUCACAGCAGGUUGAUUUCCAAAAAUACACAACAUUUAACCAAAAAGCCUUACAAGCAUCUUUCGAGGUUUCCUUUUUGAUUGCCAAAACUAAAAAACCUCACAACAUUGGCGAGACGCUCAUUUUGCCAGCUGCAAUGAAAAUGGUUUCGAUCAUGCAAGGAGAAAAGUAUGCCAAUUUACUGAAAACAAUUCCACUAUCAAGUGACACUGUUCAUCGUCGUAUCAAUCUACUUGCUGAUGAUAUCAAAAUACAACUUAUAGAUCGCGUGAAACUGCUCAACUUCUGA